AUGGCUGCACCGAUCGAAAUCCCGCUGAGGGAUACGGACGAGGUCAUAGAACUCGAUCCGGAACAGCUUCCCGAAGGCGAGGAGGUGCUUGGCAUCUUGCGGCAAGAACGCUCGCACCUCAAUACGUGGGUUACCGUUGCGUUGGCGUACUACAAGCAGAAGAAAACGGAUGAUUUCAUCAAAAUUCUCGAAGCGUCCCGUGUGGAUGCCAACAUCCACUAUCGAGACUUUGAGAAGGACCAAAUGCGUGCGUACGAUAUGUUGGCCGCCUAUUACGUGCAAGAGGCGAAUCGCGAAAAGUCGAAGGACAAGAAGCGCGAUCUCUUCACGAAGGCAACACACUUGUACACGACGGCGGACAAGAUCAUCAUGUACGAUCAGAACCAUCUACUCGGGCGUGCCUACUUCUGUCUGCUGGAAGGGGACAAGAUGGACCAGGCCGAUGCACAGUUCAAUUUCGUGUUGAACCAGUCCCCGUCGAACAUUCCGUCCCUGCUCGGUAAGGCUUGUAUCGCGUUUAACAAGAAGGACUAUCGGGGUGCACUGGCGUUCUACAAGAAGGCACUGCGUACGAACCCAAACUGUCCAGCCGCUGUACGGCUCGGUAUGGGGCAUUGCUUUCUGAAGCUGAAUAACCCGGACAAGGCAAAGCUAGCGUUCCAGCGGGCGCUCGAUCUCGAGCCGCAGUGUGUUGGUGCGCUAGUUGGGUUGGCCAUUCUGAAGCUGAAUCUGCACGAGCCCGAAUCGAACCGUAUGGGCGUGCAGAUGCUGUCGAAGGCCUACACGAUUGAUUCGACGAAUCCGAUGGUGUUGAACCAUCUGGCGAACCACUUCUUCUUCAAGAAGGACUACCAGAAGGUUCAGCAUUUGGCACUGCACGCGUUUCACAACACGGAAAAUGAAGCGAUGCGUGCGGAGAGUUGUUACCAGCUGGCCCGUGCGUUCCACGUGCAGCGUGAUUACGACCAGGCGUUCCAAUACUACUAUCAAUCGACCCAGUUUGCACCGGCAAACUUUGUGCUGCCACACUUUGGUCUCGGACAGAUGUACAUCUAUAGAGGCGAUUCGGAAAAUGCCGCACAAUGUUUCGAGAAGGUGCUGAAAGCGCAACCGGGCAACUACGAAACGAUGAAGAUUUUGGGCUCAUUGUAUGCGACUUCUUCUUCGCAGUCGAAGCGCGACAUUGCCAAGAACCAUCUGAAGAAGGUAACGGAACAGUUCCCCGAUGAUGUCGAAGCGUGGAUCGAAUUGGCGCAAAUUCUCGAGCAGAAUGAUCUACCCGCAUCGCUGCAAGCGUACGGUACGGCCACGAGCAUCCUGACGGAAAAAGUAAACGCGGACAUACCGCCGGAGAUACUGAACAAUGUGGCGGCACUCCACUACCGGCUGGGCAAUCUGGACGAGGCAAUGGCUAGGCUGGAGCAAGCGAUCGAACGUGCGAAGAUCGAGGCGCAGCAUGACGCACAAUACUACGAUUCGAUCUCCGUCUCGAUGACGUACAAUCUGGCCCGUCUGUACGAAGCGAUGGCAGUGUUCGACAAGGCGGACAAACUGUACAAAGAUAUCCUGAAGGAGCACCCGAACUACAUCGACUGCUACCUCCGGCUCGGGUGCAUGGCGCGCGACAAGGGUUUGAUCUUUGUCGCUUCCGAUUUCUUCAAAGACGCGCUGAAGAUUAACAUGGAAAAUCCGGACACACGUUCGCUGUUGGGAAAUUUGCAUCUGGCCAAAAUGCAGUGGACGCUUGGACAGAAGAAUUUCGAAACGAUCCUAAAGAAUCCGGCCACCUCCAGCGAUGCGUACUCGCUGAUUGCGCUGGGCAAUUUUUGGCUGCAGAGUUUGCACCAACCUAACCGAGACAAGGAGAAGGAGAAGAAACACCAAGAGAAAGCGCUUGCCAUCUACAAGCAGGUGCUUCGAAACGAUCCGAAGAACAUUUGGGCAGCGAACGGGAUCGGAGCGGUAUUGGCACACAAGGGUUGCAUCAUUGAGGCCCGAGAUAUCUUCGCGCAGGUGCGUGAAGCUACGGCAGACUUUUGCGACGUGUGGAUCAACAUCGCCCACAUCUACGUGGAGCAGAAGCAGUACAUCAGUGCGAUCCAGAUGUACGAAAACUGUCUGAAGAAGUUCUACCGGCACAACAACGUGGAGGUGAUGCAGUACCUGGCCCGUGCCUAUUUUCGGGCGGGCAAGUUGAAGGAGGCGAAGAUGACCCUGCUGAAGGCACGUCGUGUCGCUCCGCAGGACACUGUGCUGCUGUUCAACAUUGCGCUCGUGCUGCAGCGUCUGGCCACGUUUGUGCUGCGUGACGAAAAGUCCGUGCUGAGCGUGGUGCUGCAGGCGGUGCACGAGCUCGGAUUGGCCCACAAGUACUUUACCUAUCUGUCGGUGCACGGAGACAAGACGCGGUACAACAUUGCGCUCGCAGAAACGGAAGCGAACCAGUGUCAGGAUUUGCUGCAGCAGGCCCAAUACCACGUGUCACGUGCGCGCAAGAUCGACGAGGAGGAGCGAUCGUUGCGCCAGAAGCAGGAACUGGAGCGGGAGGAGUUCAAGCGUCGCCAGGCGGACGAACGGCGCCGAAUGGAGGAGAUGCGCCGGAAGGCACACGAAGAAAUGUUGCUCAAGCGCCAGGAGUACAAGGAAAAGACGAAGAAUGCGCUGUUCUUUGCGGAACCUGCGCCGGAAGCGAAGAAGAAAGGGGGCCGUGGACGGAAGGACUACAUUUCCGACUCGGAUGCGAGCGGGGGUGAGGUGGGAAUGGGUGGCAGCGGUGGUGAGGAAGGUGCAGCACCGAAGGAACGAAAGCGCAAGGGUGAAAAGAAACCACGCAAAUCGCAGGGUGGCAGUCGCAAACGGAAGGAAAAAGCACGCCGCGGCAGUGGUGGCGAGUCGGAAAGCGAAAACGAGGAAGAAGGAUCCCGCAAGCGCAAGAAGAAGGCUUCGGGUGGACAGAAGAAGCGCCAGAAGGCGAUGGAUGAAGGAUUGUCGUCGAAGCAGAAGGGACGCAUCCUUUCGAAGGCUACCGUAUCGACGAGUGAAUCGGAUAGCGAUGACAGCCGGUUGAAGAUAGCGAGUGGGGACGAGUCGGGUGGUGGCGAAUCGGGCGGAGAGUCGGGAGCACCGGCAACGAAACGCAAGCGCCGCAUUGCUUCCGAUGAUGAAGAUUCGAGUGGAUCGCGGCGUCGCUCACGCUCACGGUCACGAUCCGGGUCGGGAUCACGGUCCCGGUCUGGAUCGCGGUCACGAUCUCGGUCCGGUUCCGGAAGCCGUGCCGGUAGUGGUAAAAGUGGUUCGCGUAGUCGUAGUCGAUCGCGUAGCCGAUCGCGCAGCCGUUCGGGAAGUGCCAGAGGAUCGCGCUCGAGAAGUCGGUCGGGAUCGGGUAGCCGCAGUCGCAGUCCUAGUCGUUCUCGGAGCCGUAGUCGUAGCCGUAGCCGUUCGCGAAGCCAGAGUAGAGGUAGUCGUAAGAGUGGUGGAAGCCGUAGCCGAAGCCGUAGCGGAAGUCAGGCCAGUCGUGGUAGUCGCCGGUCUCGCUCCGGAUCGCGAUCACGUUCACGCUCAGGCUCGGGCAGCAGACAAGCUUCUCCAAUUUCACGUAAAUCCGUUUCGGGUUCGGAAUCGGAGUAA